AUGGUUCCGCUGCCUCGGACCUCAGGAGCCCAUCGUGCGUUGCACCUGGUGCUGAUGCCGGAGAGCCUUGAGAGCUCUCUAUCGUGCCCCGCCUCUCGCAGCUCGGUGGCGUGUACCCCUCCCCCACAAACGCCUCCCAUCUCUUUGGCAAGGUGCAAAAGCCGCCGCUAUCCUACGUCAACCCGGUGCAUCGCCCACCAAAAACGCAAAUCCGCUCGUGCCUAUCCAAUUAGCACCAGGCCCAGACCCAAAAUAACUAAUCACUUCCGAGCUAUUCCCAUCUCCAAUUCUUCUGCAAUGUCAAUUUCAAAGCGGGCAGUCAGCAAACCCUCUCGAAACCGCAGCCCUGAAACUCAGAGUUCCCUGAAAGCAACGUGUGAACCAGCCUCCCUAUCCUCCGAGGCCCAUGCAAGCUGUCCAAAUCCAGUAUCCCACUAUCCCGCCGAGCACGAUCCCAGCCAUGCACUCGGCUUCCAUUCGAGCGAGGAGGUGCCCGCAGUCCAUACCACAACCUACUUCCCUAGUCUGACUGAGCUGUCUGGUGAGACUAACGACAGCUUCCAAAACCUACGCGCCGUGUCAUGCGGCCACCCGAGCCAGGCAGACUCACUACUUCUCCGGAGUGGAUCCAGCCAUCGGAUGAGCGCUCCAUUUCCCCCUCAGCCGCAAGGACCUCCGGAAGUCGUGAUAGAACCUAAGCUACUGCUUCAGAAUGACCACGUUUUGGCGGGAGCAGACCAAUGGUUGCUGCCCCCGCACAAAGGGAAUCCUGAACACCUGAGCUGCACCAAAGCUCCUCAACAUCAGCUCACCAUCUACCCAGACCCACAUUCAUCGUUGACCUCCACAGCCCAAAAGUCAAUAGCCACCCUUCUUCGAGCAUUAGUGGCACCCCAAAGGACUUCAAGGCUGCAUGUGUUCGUGAUCAUAAACUCCGUCCCUUCAAUUAGCUACCUGUCGGUCGAGGAAGCGCCGCACAGUGAGACACCAUUCACCAAUGGCCUCUCCCCGGCCAAUGACACCGAAAUAUCAACCGGACCAUCCCUAGUCGAAAAGCACUGA